AGAUCAGCAAAUUCGAAAGUCACACACAAAAUGUAGGUACUGCUCAAGAAUUUUGCUAGUUUAGUUCGCUCUCUUGGAAUGCUCAAGCUCAAGCUUCAAUUAUUGUUCGUUGCAGUUCUUUAUUCCUCUUUAAUUUCAGCUGGUCGUAGUCGAAGAAGACCUUUUCGCAAAAAUGACACAACCCACGUUGACAAAAAAUUGAAAUUCAACGAAGAGACGUACAAUGAACAUUCCAAAGAGGAAUUGAUCCAAAUAAUCAAGCGAUUGAAAGAUCAGAUCUCUAAGAAAAAUGACAAACCACAAUCUCCACCAAAAUCCAGGAAAAAAUCCAAACGACCCUUUGAUUUUUCCAAAUGUUCAUUCAGACACAUUGCGUUGAAAAUGCUAUAUUUGGGAUGGGAUUAUCACGGAUUAGUCACACAGUUGGAUAACGAAAAUGGUAUCGAAAAAUACCUUUUUGAAGCAUUAAUAAAAUCAUGUUUGAUAGAAGAUCGAAACAAAUGCAACUACCAUCGAUGUGGCCGAACAGAUAAAGGUGUUAGUUCUUUUUCACAGGUAAUUUCUAUUACCGUUCGUAGUUCUUUGAAAGAUGGCCAAACCGAUGACGAAGAAUUACCUUAUUGUAAAAUGCUGAAUGCGUUGUUACCUCGUGAUAUAAGAGUUAUUUCUUGGGCUCCAGUUCCUCAAGAUUUUAGUGCUCGAUACAGCUGCAAAAAACGCACGUACAAGUAUUGGUUUCCUCUGGGAGAUUUGGAUAUCGAAAAAAUGAACGAAGCUUUGAAAAGUAUAAUCGGUGUUCAUGAUUUUCGUAAUUUAUGUAAAAUGGAUGUGAAAAAUGGUAUCACGAUUUUCACCAGAGAAAUAUUCGAAGCUCGGGUUUCGUUACAAAAAAAUCGUUUAUCGAGUCAUGAUCCGAUAUCUAAAUCUUAUUCAAUGUGCGAAUUAACGAUAAUUGGUAAAGGAUUUUUAUGGCAUCAGAUUCGAGCUAUUGUCACCGUUUUGUUUCUCGUAGGACAAGCGAGAGAAACUGUAAAUAUAUUCAGUGAAUUAUUAAACAUAGAUAAAUGCCCAAAAAAACCAGUUUACGGUUUAGCUGAUCCGUUGCCUUUGAAUUUGUAUGGUUGUGAGUACGACGAUGUAAAUUGGAGAACUGAUCAAGAAGAAUUGAAAAAGAUCACCGAUGUAUUACAAUCAUUUUGGACUUGUUCUGCUGUAAAAUGUGCCAUGAUAGAAAACAUGAUCGUCGAUUUAUCAGAUAAAAAUGAACUCGUUACUGCCAACGAUCGUGUGUAUGCGACUCUACUCCACGAUUCUCGAUCUAAAGUUUAUAAACCACUAAUGUCUCGAGCUACAGAAGAAGGUUUAGAGAACAGAAUUAAUUAUCAUCAAGGAAAAGGCAGAUUAAAAUGGAUAACAACACCUUCAACGUGAUAUUAAAAAACUUGUAUUUACUAUUUUUUACAAAUUAAAAUGUUCAAUUUGAGAAUUCAUUA